UGAAGGCUUAUGGGAUAGAACGUUUUUUCGAAGGCCCAUGUGUCGUACACUAUUAUAAGUCUAGUGGUCGCUUUGCUAUUACCAACAAAAACAACUUUGAAAGUACUAUUUGCACGUGAUAUAAGAAGCAAGGUAGAUGCGAUGAAAUUAAUCAUGUAGCCCGAUUACUAGUGUUCUAACUUCGAGAAAGAUCUGAACACAUCUUUGUAUCUCCCACAUACAGACAGCAAAGAUGGCGGACAUGGACCUUGUUCGUUUUUUCAACAGCGAGUUGUCAGCGCUUUAUGAAACAAAGCCACCCAUAUCAAAAGCAAAGAUGACAUCUAUUACAAAAUAUGCUGUCAAGGCUGUUAAGUUUUACAAGCACAUUGUUCAUGGUGUGGAAAAGUUUGUUCAGAAGUGUCGACCAGAAUACAAGGUUCCUGGACUUUAUAUAAUUGACUCCAUUGUCAGACAAUCUAAACAUCAGUUUGGAAGAGAGAAAGAUCUUUAUGGUCCACGAUUUGCAAAAAACAUCAAGAGCACUUUUUCCCAUUUGUACAAAUGCCCAGAGGAUGAUAAGUCAAAAAUUGUGCGUGUCUUAAAUUUAUGGCAGAAGAAUGGAGUUUACACCCCAGAGAUUGUUCAGCCACUUCUUGAUAUGGCAGCUGGACAGAAUCAUCAUCACCACCAUCACCACACAAGUGAAUUAGCAGACUCCCCAACAGACGAUAGUGAUUUGUCCAGCGCAAAGCCUGCUUCUGGCUCAAAUUACCUGACCAUUUUGGAACAACAACGACAGCAGCAAGAUGUGCAGAUUCAACAGCUGAAAAAAGCGCUUGAGCAGCAGCAACAGCAACAACAAAUUCUACAACAACAGCUGCAAUUGCAAAUGCUUCAGCAGCAAAAACAACAACAUUUGCAGAGUAACACUCUGGAGCAGCAGCAGCAAGAGCAGCGUGGUGGCCAAACGUUACCGCAAGGCUUAGGGGUACCACCAGGCCAGGCUGUAGCACCAAUGAACAUGGCAGCGGCUUCGUCACAUGUCACUAGUCAGAGAGUACAACCGGAAACGAGAAUGCCCGUUAACCAGGAGGCACAGAUGACAGCUGCUGCUCCAUCAGGAAACCAAAUGGCAAUGCCACAAGGUAAAGAUUUAUCAAGCAAACCAAUGCAAGGUGCAGCGUUGAUUAUGGAGAAGUUCAAGCGAAUGAUGCAAAAUAGCAGCGGUGCGCAGUCAGGUAGCGAAAACCAAGCUGGUAUACCUGGUAUUGGAGGUAACACUCCCGUCAAGAGCGACAAAGGGAAAAGUCCUGGAUUCAAUCAGGCUCUGUUGGAUGCGUUUGAUUAUGGUGACGACGAAGAUGAUGAGCAGCGGUUGGCCGAACAAAGACGUCAUCUCAUGGAGGAGGAGUCACGUUUGAUGAGGAGUGGCAAAGAAUCUCCCGAAUAUAAGUCGGCAAUCUCAAAUUUGCUACAAAGAGCGCAGGAGAAUGUUAAAGUACCGAGAGAUGACGAGGCAUUGCCGCAUGAUCAGUACCAGCAACGAAACGCUGAGCCGCAGCAACAACACCCAACCGGAGGUCAUCACCCUGGUCAGCAAACAGCAACGUCAGCUGGAUUCUCCGGCUCUUCACGUGACAACAGGGGUGAUGGACCAUUCAAUCUACCAUUUUUGGAAGAACAACCAAAGGCUUUCGAUAAAGAGAGAACUGAUCCAGGUUUUCGACCAGCUUUCAAUCAAGACCAGAUCCGUCACUCUGACCAAGCCAGAGGAACGGAACAGAGGCACGUUACUCACGAAUAUCGACAUGAAGCUCCGUCGAGACCGUUUAGAGAAAGCCGGUUUGAUAAAGAUUUUGAACCCAGUAGAAGGAACGAAAGGGAUAUGCGAUUUGCGGAGCGAGGCUUUAAUGAGAGAGACAGGGAUACAAGAGAAAGAGAUGAAUUUGAUCAUCGUGCACGUGAGGAAACACGUGUUGAUUACAGGGAACGCGGUCACCGGGAACGUGGUGACCAGAGGGACCAGAGAGACCAGAGAGACCAGAGGGACCAGAGGGACCGAGAUAACAGAGAUCGGGGAGAUCAAAGGAGAAGGCCGGAGCGUGCCAGGGAUGAGGAACGGGAACGGCACCGACCAAGGGAGGGAAACCGUGAAAGAGAUACACCACGAAAAGAGGAGGAAAAGGUUGUUAAGCCAGAAGAAAAAGAAGAGAAGCAAGGAUUGAGUCUGGAGGAGCGGCAACAACUUGGCUUUCCGGAUGUCAAAAAAGGAAGAGUCAGUCUUUGUAGCUUAACAAUCUGGGUUGGACAUCUUCCUACGAAAACAACACCUGAUCAACUGAAAGAAGCUUUUGCAGAAUUUGGAGAAGUUGAAUCGAUUGAUCUUGUCCAAGCUCGUGGCUGUGCAUUCGUUGUUAUGAAGCAGAGAAGAGAGGCUGAUGCAGCCCUGAAGAAUCUGAAAAAUCAAAGGUUUUAUGGACAUACCAUUAGGGUGGCCUGGGCACCAGGAAAAGCCAUCAAGAAUUCGGAACUUAAGCAGUUCUGGGAUGACGACAAAGGAGUGACGUAUGUUCCUUGGGAUCGCAUUAAAGGCAAGAAUGUAAGGGAAUUCGCUGCUGGCAGUGUUAUCGACCCCGACAGUCUUCCACCGGGCAUGGUUCUUGAAGAUGAGCCACCAAAAAGUGAAGCUGGAGCGCCGCAGAAUCAGUUACCACCACAAGCAAUGUUAGCACCCCCUCCUGUUCCUGGUAUGCCCUUGCCCCCAGGUUUGUUACCCUUCCCCCAUGGAUUUCCGCCUAUGCCUGGCCUUCCACCACCUGGCAUGAUGCCCCCUUUUGGUAUGGGUAUGCCACCUCCGGGGGUCCCCCCUGGAUUUACCCCAAGGUUACCAGAAAACGUCAAUCGUCCACCUAAUUUCGACCAAGGUUUACGUCCUGAUGGCUCUUUGGCAAAAGAUAUACCUUCAGAUGGCUUAAAGGAAGGACCUAGGUCAGUUGUAGGAGAGCCUACCAACCAUUUUACAAGACCAAGAGGACCCCAUCCAGAUUUAGAUGGUCCUAAACCAGGCUUUGAUGGCCCAGGACGUGAUUUUGAUGGGCCAAGACCAGGCUUUAGGGGACCUCCGCCAGGUUUUGAUGGGCCACGACCCGAAUUUGAUGGCCCACAUCUUGGAUUUGAUGGACCACGCCCUGGGUUUGAUGGACCACACCCUGUAUUUGACGGAGCUCGUCCAGGAUUUGAUGUCCUUAGACCGGGAUUUGAAGGUCCCCGUCAUAGAUUUGAUGGGCCUCGCCCGCGCUUUGAAGGACAUAGGCCUGGUUUUGAAGGACCACCGCCUUGGGUGCAGCAAAGACCCAGAUUCGCAGCAGAACAGCAUGCUUUAAAACUGGACUCACGUCCAGAUGACAGAAGAGAGGAAGGCUCAUCUGACCAGGAGAAAGACCCGAAGUCACUUUCUUGGCGUAAUAACCAGGGUAACACUGAAAAAGAUGAAGGUGCUGUUAAACAAAUAGGGGCAAGAGAGGGAGGAGAAAGAGAGAGGGGAGAGCCCAACGAAAGAAGAGGAGCCAGUAUAUCUGAAGAUAGGGUCGAAGACAAAGAAGACAGAGAUCAUGAAAGGGACCGAGGAAGAAAUUGGGACAGAGACAGAGCAAGGGGUCGCUUUGAUCGCGGAGGAAGAGGUGACAGAGGACCUGAACGUGAUAGAGACCGAGAUAGGGACAGGGAUCGUGGUCGAUUUGGUGGUCGAGACAGAGAUCGGGAUUUUGGCAGAAAUAAAGACAGGGAUAGCCGCGAUCGGUGGCGAGGCCGUGAUGGUGACAGAGAGGCGAGGUCAUCUGAUCGAGGCCGUGAUCGGUAUAGGGGACGGAGAGAUAGAAGUCGAGAACGAAAUCAAAGCAGAGACAGAGACCACAGCCGCGAACGGGGCCGUAGUCGUGACAGAAGUCGAGAUCGAGACCACAGCCGCGACCGAAGCCGAGAUAGAGGCCGGAGCCAAGACCGCAGUCGUGAUCGAGACCGUAGUCGAGGUCAAAGUCGGGAUCGUGAUCGUAGUCGAGAUGGUGGGCGUGAUCGUAGUAGGGAGCGAGCUGAAAGUCGUGACAAAAAUCGUGAAGGCAAAGAUCAAGAGUCGAACAGAGAUCGUGAUUUAGAGCGGCAAAAAAGAUCGCGUGAUUCCGAGAAAGAAAAUGAUAAAGAGUUAGAAGAGCGAGACACGGAUCUGAGCUCAAAAGAUAAAGGCGACGCGAGUCAGCAGGCAAAAGUAAAAAGCAAGGAGAAUGAAGGCGAGGCAAAUGUAGUGUUGAAGGACGAAGGGGAACCAGAAAUUAAACGGAAAAGAACAGAACAAGGCAGUAAUGACUCAAAAAAUGUUGAACAAACUAUAAAUUCCGAAGAAAAACCUUCUGAGAAAGACCAGGUUGAUGAGGAUUCGGAAAGCGAGCAAAAGGGAGGGUGGAAAACGUUAGGCACGUCAAAGGCCGAGGACAGUGUGCCAGAUACUGAAAACAACACAAAGCCACUGUUAGGGCAAGGCUUUGGGCUGGCAGGCACGUCAGCAAAGUUGGUUUCUUUAAAAACUGGGACAAAUUUGGCCGCAAAACCUUCGCUGUUUAAAGAAGAGAACAAACCAGAGAAAAAACUCGAUAUGUUUUCUGCCGAUGAGGAUCUGGAAGAAAGAAAAGUUGAAGAAAAGAAAGAAGAUUUCAGCAAAAAUGACGCUAUCGAAAAGAUCCAUGUAGAUGAAAAGAAAAUCAUCGAAUCGGAAACACGAAAGGAAAAAGUUGAUGGUCUCUCUGAAGAAAUAACAGCAGAAACUAGUAUUCCAAAUAAAGAGGAAAGACCUGAGAACCCUGAUGUUGAAAAUGACUUGAAAAAUGGGACAGUUGACAAUGAGAGCGACAAUGCUCAAGACAAUGGUAUUAAGCGAACUGAGACGAUGCUUGAUGAAAGUGCAAAUAUGCAAUCUAAUUCAGCAGAAAGCUCGUAGGGUAGUGUGUAUUAGUUAAUCUCAUAAAGGCCUCUCGGUUCACGGCCAGUUGAAUCUUCACUGGCCUUUAAAAGGAUGCAAGCCCUAUUUGCUUCGUCGAUACACACAUUUGGCAGUUCAAAUAUUGGGUUAACUUUCAAACCCAUUUUUACACAAUUCUGCUUUAGUAGAUGUCUUGAAUAAAGGUUGUAUAGAAGUUCGUAUACGACUGGGUGUUGUUUAAUCAGUUAGUGAUUAUAAGAACAACCUUGCAUUUUCGAAUGUGGUCUAAAAGGAGCCGAAAAUUGUAUUUUUUAACGCCAGCAAUAAUGUUAUUUGUGCAUGGAGACAAACGAAGCAUAAAUUGUCUGCUGAGUGCUCCUUAUAGUGACCCCAAACUGUCCUACUACAGUGUCCACGACCCCAUCCUGUAGUCUUUAGAGUAUUACAGUCGGCUCUGUCUAAUUCGAACGUUUACUAAUUCGAACAAAUUUUUCAGAUCAGAUCCUUUGAAAAUCUCCCAAUAAACCUUUGCAAAACCUGUGUAAUUGGAACUUUUCGUAAUUGGAUCAAUUUUGUUGGUCCCCUCAGGAAAACAAACCAUUCUAGUUAGAACUUUAUGCCAAUUGUACAGCAAUAAUAAAGAAACUGGUGAUAUAUGUACAGCAAUUCAUUAAAUUCCCUUAGAAUGGACAUUUUCUAAUUACUGGCGGUUUUUUAAGUCAUUUCUUUCAAUAUUGGGAAGACGAAACGAUUAAAUUUUUGCCUGGCCGGCCGAGCUCAGGAAAACUAACGACAUUGCCUAUUUUUAUGCUUCGUUUUUAUUACAAGACGAGAUGAGUUUACAAAACGUUGUUUCUAUUUAUAACUGCUCUGUAAGUUUCGAUUAAAUAUUGAAAGGAUAACUGAGGUUAAAUCCAGGAUUUUGAGAAACUCGUAUAAAUCGAACCUUUUGUAAUUUGAACAUUUGACGACCCCCUUGACUGUUCGAAUUACACAGAGUUGACUGUAUACAACUCUAGAACAAACAUAUAAAUCAGAGUUACAUGAAGUAUUACAACCUUCUUAUCAUCUUAUCAAUACGAUAUUAUCAUCAUACUACGAAUGAUGGUAUCACUUUGAACGAUAAUAUUUGUUGUCAAUAUUGCACAUCUUCUUUACGUAUCUGAGGAACACGAAACAUUUUCUAGAUCGAGAAUGGAGCCAAGACUUUGUUGCCAAUGCUUAUGAAUUGGUAAACAGAGGGUGUCAUAUUUUGAUUAUAAUUUCACUACGAAGAUUUUGGCAAGAAGUGUUGCAAUGAUGACGAAAGACAAACAUUUCACUCGCUGUAUUAAUCCUGUUGUUUUUGGUGAAUGGGGUAGAUUGUAAGCAUUUUUCUCAUUUUUGAUAGGCUUUCAUCAUCUUAAACGAUAAUUUGAAUUUAAUGGAGAUGUACUUGACACUUCAAAUAAUAGAUAUUGAUAAAAUAUUGCUUUGCAGUGUCUUUGCA